GUAAACUAUGAACUUCAUCUUUUUAGUAGGAGGUAGUAGGUAGAUUUUACGCAAAAAAUAAGUUAAGUAUAAAUGUUACGGAAUAUAAACACGUGUGUUUUUGUUAACAAUGCAUAAAUCCUUUCUUUAAGAUAUCAAUGAUUUCAUCUCAUACCUAUUGCAAAAUAUACUUUUACUUAGUAUAAAACUUUCGUACUAUCCAAGCAUAUAAAUAAAGAUGGAAUACAAUGUCUUUCGAGAUUAUUGUAAGGCCGAAAACAGUGAAGAUGAAGAAAUGAAUCAUGAUCUACAAUCACGGUUGUAUGCUGAAAUUUAUUAUACUUCAAAUGAUGUAGAGAAUGUGGAUAAAAAAUCGAAUGUUAAAUUAGAAACCAUUGAUACAGCCGAUAACAAACUUCGUACAGAUGCAAAUACUAGUAAAGUUUACGGUUUUAAUGAUACUCCUAGAAAGAAUGAUGCUGCUGGAAGUUGUAGCGAAACUUAUAUAAAAAACGAAUCAGGAAAUAAUUCAACAUCAAUGGAAGAUGAUAGUAAACCAGAUAUUACUUCUAUUUGCAUUAAAAGUACAACUGAAACGUUAUCUAAAGAUAUAACUAACAGAAUCCCCAAUGUACCUUAUGUGAAAACGUUAAAAGAAACUGAAGAAAAUAUUGAGUCUGCAAAGAACAACACACAAUUAACAUGUCAUAAUGUAGAAUAUGGUAAAAGCAAUUCAAAUAAUAAUACCACUUACAUUGUUGAAAAUAAUGUAAAACCAGAAAUAAAAGAUGAAAAUGAAGAAAAGUUAGAAACCGUACAAUGUAUAAAUAAUGAGACAACUGCAAAUCAAUUUACUCAUCCAAAUUCUACAAAACAUGAUGAUGAUAAGAACAAUGAAAAAUAUCAGAGAAUUGUGUGUAAUGAAAAAAGCAAUGAUAACAUUCUGAAAAAAUAUGAAUUUUCUAAAUCAUUUAUCAAUAAACUAUAUCUAGAAAAAUACGAAAAGUUAAAAAAGAAACUACAAGAAAUGGAAGAAGAAAAAGAAAGAAGUUUAAAAGAAAAAGAACAGAGAAAAAUAAAUAUCAAAGAAAAUCAGCAGAGGCAAGUCAUUAUUGAAUAUGAUUCACAUAGCACAAAAUCUUUAUAUGAAACAGAAACAGAUACGAAAUACGAGAUACUUUGUAGAACUGACAAACUGCAAAAACCCAUCAAUUAUUGCGAAGAAAUAACAGUGUUAACAUCAGACACAGAAAGUGAUUCUGAAGAAUCCAUUUUAGAAGUACCGAUUCCUCCAAAACCUCAACCACCUAUCAUAAAUUUACAGGACUCAGAUGAAAAUUCUGAAACAAGUAGUAACAGCGAUACAGAUGAAGAAUCUUCAUUCGUUAUAAGAAAGAAAAAUAAUUUGAUAGAAAAUGUUAAAAAGAAAGAUUCUAUAAUUGAUCAAGAAUCAGAUAGCUCUACCUCAGUUAUAGAUUGUACUAAUGAUGAAUCAGCAACAGAAGAUAUAAUGUUAAACUGUACAGAAAUACAGAAAGGUGCAUCAAGUAUAAAAGAAAUAAUAGAAAUGAAUAAAAAGGCUCAAUCAGAUCAAUAUAAUAAUAAAGGCAAAAGCUUUUGUGAAAAAAAUAAGUCUAUUGUAAGAAAUGAAAUUCAUACUAAAGAUCUUACUAGGCCUGACAUGUUAUUUAACAAUGAUAAACACAAUACAUUUGAAUUUCAAUUUCCAUUAAAAACAGUUAACGAUAAAGAUGUUAUAUAUGAAAGAGACAAAAGUGAAUCAGAUAACUUUGCAGACGAUGUAAUGGUAUCAGAUUUCCUUAAUUCUGAAGAACUAACUUCAAAUAGAAACAAUAAUUAUUUUGUAGAAGAUGUAAUGGUAUCAAAUUUCGUUAAUUCUGAAGAGUUGACUACAAAUAAAGAAAGUCAUCUUGAAAAAGAUGUAAUGAUGUCAAAUGUUCUUCAUUCUAAAGAACUGACUCCAAAUAAGAAAAGGCAUUAUGAUGAUGAUAAUGAACCUUCUACAAGUGUAAAACAAAGGAGAAAUACAGAUAGUGGAUUUAAAUGUUCCAAAGAAAAUUUUGAACAACAUAAUAGUAAUGAUAAGAGUAAUCGAGAUUGGGAAGAAUAUUUCUUUCGCCCUAUGUCGGAGAAACUUAAAGCUUUCUAUGAAUCUCAAGGACAAGAAAAUUUUGAUAUAAAGGAAAUUCAGAGUAAAAUGUCGAAGGAUCCAAGACUUUGGGCUAUUUUAGAUGAAGACCUGAUGCCUGAUUUGUUCAAACAUCAGAGAUACUGGUACAUGAAAUGUACUAAUUGCUACCGACAUGGUCAUCAAAGACAUAAUUGUACAGAGCCAUAUAAACCUAUUCGAUGUCAUAUGUGUGGUGCACAAGGACAUACAGAAACUCGAUGCCCUCAGAAAAUGUGCCUCACGUGUGGUAAAAAGCAAGGUACAUUUAGGAAAACUUGUGAGGCUUGUCGCAUACUGUAUUGUAACAUGUGUAAUGCUGUAGGACAUAAAUCAACUGAAUGUCCAGAUCUCUGGAGAAGGUUUCAUCAAACAACACGAACAUCUGAGAUAAAUAUACCAGAGAACUUAUCUGAAGUUAUGAAACCUGCGGAUUUACUUUACUGUUGUAAUUGCACCAAACGAGGACAUGAUUCUUCUACAUGCAACGAGUAUCGCUGGUCACAGCAUUUCCCAACACCAGCUUUUGUAUCAAAUUAUACAAGUGAAUUACAGUACGAAUAUUCUGCUUGUGAAAAUACUAAUGAAGAUGUAAUACCAUUAACUAAAUUAAAAAAGAAAGGUGUGACAUUUCUUCCAGAUGAGGUUGAUUUAGACAGUUCUGGUAUCGUAUAUUCAUAUGGAACAUAUUAUACAAAAAUGCCCAAUGGCGAAGAAGCUAAACGGAAACUUUUGACUCUUGAUAUUCAUCCUUCUCACAUAGCAGGUCUUUUAAAGGGUCGCAUUUCUCCAAUUUUUUUGGAUGAAUUAACAAAAAUAAUUAAAUUUGAAAUUAAAAUAUAUUACAAUAUAGAUAACGAAUUAAUGAUAAGAGUUCGAUCUGCAAUACAUCUGCCUCAACAUAUAUUGGAACUUUUCCUUUAUUGGCUUAAACUACAUGAUGAGGAUAAACUCCUGGAUAUUACUAUAAGUCUUCCCCGUAGAACAAAACAAUUGCAAAAACUUUUGGCGAAAAAACUACAUGAGUUCGAACAGAAUUUAGUAGAUCCAAACUAUAUUUGUAGUCAAAUAGAGGAGCUAAAAACAUCGAUGACUACUAUUAAAGACCUCGCAGUAUCAUUUUCUGUUGCAAAGAAGAUCAUAGACUAUCGAGGCGAUCUGAUGAAAGUGUACCAGUCAAAACCUAAUCAUACUCAUCUAGUAAAGAGAUUAAAAAGAGCCAUGAAACAUCUGAAAAAGAUUUCAGGCACUGAAGUGUACAUGUCACAUUAUUUGAAUAUUAUUGUUCUUUACAAUAAAAUUUUUGUACCUCGUAGAUUAACAGAUAUCGAAUUAAAACGUUUUCUUGCAAGAUAUUACAAAACAAGCGUGAAAACAAAAGAUGGAAAGAAGAAUGAAGCUAAGAAAUUAAAGAAGAAUGAAGCUAAGAAACUAAAGAAGAACAAACUUACACCUUAUGAAGAAUUAAUAGGAAGUUUACGAGAAUAUAAUAAGAAAGAGAAUACCAUAAACAAAAGUGAUGCAUGUUCAUCAAAAGAUAUUGAAGCACAAACUAUACAAAUACCUAGCUUUGUAUCCAUUGAACAUAUUCCAACAAAUAAUAUUAUCCAAUCUAAUGACCAAGACGUAACAUGUAAUGCAAAAAACGUUUUUACUGAAACACACACUGCAGAAAAGAAUGUUACCAAAUUUACUGAUGAUACUGCACAAUCAUCACAUAAUCAGGAUAUUUCAAGUAAUCAAAUGACAGAUCCUAUACAAAACUCAAAUGUAGUUACUAUACCUUUUCAAAAAUCUACACAUAACAAUGUAUCAUCAAGGACAACUAAAAAUGUACCUUGUGCCAAAAUAAAACCCUCAGGGAAUAACAAAGAAAAGCAUUCAGGAACAGAAAAUAGUAAUAAUAAAGAAGCAAAAACAAAUAACUUACAGGAACAAAAUAACAUAAUUAAUUCUGAAAUAAGUGUUACAAAAAAGAAAAAAUCUAAAAAAGCAAAAAAAGCAAAACUAGAUCUUGAAAACAGUUUAGAAAUUAUAGAAAAUCAAGAAAUUGGAACUGACACAUUUUUAGAAAAUAAAGCUAGUGAAAUUAUAAAUGAAGCUCUGGAAUUUAAUUUGCCAUAUAUGAAUAAAGCUGUUGGAGAAAUUAGAAAAAGAAUAAAUGAUAAAAACCUUAAACAAGAGCAUAUUGAUACUUUACUAAGACUAAUAAAUUUGGAAAAAGAUCACAGGAAAUAUGUAAGUUCAUUUUAUAAUUAUUUACAAUGAAUUUUAUUUUUUAAAAUACGAUGUUAGUUAUAUGUUAUUAUUAAAUGAAUAAAAUAAAAAUCUAUUAGUAUUUUUAAAACACUACACUUAUUAAAAUUUUUGUCCAAAAACAUUUUUUAUAAAGUUAUAAGAGAACUAAAUAAUAUAGUCUACUUUUAAGUAAUAAUUUUUAUAUAAAACCAUAUACAUGUACAGAAUAGUGCUACACAGUAUAUAAUUAUAGUGUAAAUGUAUUUCUAUUUAAAUUAAUACUUUGUAUGUAGGUAGCUUUUAUUAAAGACUGUUGACUUUCGUAGGUGUCUCGCAUACAGUCAUGUUAAAGUAAUUUUAAGUUUCAAAUUUGUAUAUCUAGAUGAUAAACAUGAAACAGAUCAAAUAUCAUGUUUAUUACAAAACUAAUAUAUACAAAUUAUCUUUGCUUAUUUCUUUGUAAAUAAAA